UUCCCUCACGACCCUUUAUUCCCAUUCCCGAGCAGAUCAUCAAAAGACUUUGAAACAAUCCACAAAAACUUAACCAAAAAACCACCUCUUCCUCAUAAAAAAGAUCCUCAUAUUCAUUAUCGUACGAGAAUCUCCUUCUCCAACAACCUCAACUUGUUGUCGUUUUCAUCAAACAACACGCGACAAAACUCCUUUCGCCGAGUCAGCUCCGACGGGAACUUGGUCUCUGCCCCCACCGACAACGACGAAAACAGACCAAUGCUUCACAAAGCGCCGUCGCUUUCGGUCUUCAACAACCAAAUCCCAGAUGGGUUCGAAGAAGUUAAGGAUGUUAAUGUGAAGAAAGAUCAGAUUUCUUCUGGGAAAGAGGUGUUGGAGAGGACCGUGACGAUUGGGGAAGCCAUUAAUGAAGCUGUGAAUUGUGAUGGUGGCGAUAAAGAUUUCAGCUUUGGAGAAAAGGGUAUGGGGUUAAUUGAAGAAGAGGAAGGCGAAGAGGAGUUAGAAGAGGUCGUUAAUGGAGGGAUUCAGAAUCUGGGUUUUGGAGGGGAAGUUGAAAGGAAGAUUGGGAGUCCUCCUUUGUGCCUUGACUCGGGAAUCGGGAUUGGUGGGGUCGGGUUAGAUUUGGAUUUGGCAAAUUUGAACGAGGGAAGAGAUAUAAUGGAAAUGGAAGAAUAUUAUAAGAGGAUGGUUGAGCGGUGCCCUUUUCAUCCUCUUUUUCUCAGGAAUUAUGCUCAGUUUUUGCAGUCUAAGGGGGACCUUCAUGGUGCCGAAGAGUACUAUUCUCGUGCUUCAUUAGCAGAUCCUGAAGAUGGUGAAAUAUGGAUGCAGUAUGCUAAAUUGGUUUGGGACCUCCAUCGCGACCAAGAAAGAGCCUCGAGCUACUUCAAGCUUGCAACAGAAGUGUCUCCUCAGGACUGUAGUGUUCUUGCAGCAUAUGCCAGUUUCCUUUGGGAAAUAGAGGACGAUGAGGAAGAGGUUUCCCAGACAGAAUCUAUAAAUGAACUUGGCUUGCGUGUUGCUGGAGGGGUCAGGAUUGGUGAGCCUGAUUCCUUCACAGAUGUCUCUAGACGAUCUGAAAAUCUUGAAGAUCACUAUAGAAAGAUGAUCAAAGAGAAUCCGAACAACCCUUUGUUUCUAAGAAACUAUGCCAAGUUCUUGUCUGAGUCCAAAGCAGAUCUUCAAGGAGCUGAGGAAUACUAUUUGCGUGCUGUACUAGCUGAUCCAGGGGAUGGGGAAAUCACAGCAGAAUAUGCUAAAUUGGUGUGGGAACUUCAUCAUGACAGUCAUAAGGCGUCAAUUUACUUCGAGCGAGCAGUUCAAGCUAGUCCUGAAAACUGUCAUGUUCUUGCAGCCUAUGCCAGUUUCCUCUGGCAAAACGAUGAUGAUGAGGAAGAUGGAUUAAGGCAAGAAAACCGAGUUCAAGUUCCUCGUAAUCACGAACGGACUAUGACUGCCGCAAACGUAUAAACUAGCAACAGGUUUCUGAUGCUUUAUGGGAGCAGGAAACAGAAGAUGAGUCACUUUCAGAACUUAGAAAUCAAGUGGCCGCAGAAUAAUAAGUUGGCAAAUAAAGGCUUUGUAAUAAUAAGAUUUGAUUGCUUAAGGUGAAAGCUGGAUGUUCACCUUUCCUGUAGCUUUUUUUUCACAAACGAAUUAUAGAGAGCAAUUCAUGAUUGGCAAAAGGAAAAGAAAGUUGGGAUUUUAUCCAAA